GCGCCAGCAAAAAUGCCACCCCGACCCAGCACCAAAAAGCCCAAUUCAAAUCCAUUGAAAAAAAAAGGCCCAGAAAACAAGUUCCAACGCCAACAACAACCGCAGCAGCAUUCAAAAGAAGAAGAAACCCCCUUCGACAACCCCACCAACACAAUCCCCCUCAGCCUCCAACAGCUCCUCCUCAACGUCUUUCAGUCUGCCCUUGUUCCUAAUACCUCUACUUCUCAAGAUGGGAAACAAGAUGCAAGCCAAAGGGAUGCGAUCGAAGAUGAAGGACAAUUGGACGUGAAACCGCUCAUCCAGACGAUAAAAUCGCACCUCUACAACCGCGACUUUGACUCUGCGUUUACAGAUGCGAAUGAGGAGUUACUGCGCGCGUAUGCGCUGCGAUGGAGCGCGAGUCGGACACUUGGGUAUGCGGGUGUUUUCAAGGCUGUGCUAGGUAUUCUAUCUGGAGAUAAGGAAAGGAGAGGUGCUGGUGGGCAGAUUGUGUGUAUUGGGGGUGGUGCUGGGGCGGAGAUUGUGGCGUUGGCGGGGGUUUGGAGGGAUAUUGUCGCUUUACCCACAGACGAUAUGAAUGGAGAAGAGGGAGAAGGAGAGGGAGAGGGGAGGAUGGAGUUGAAGGUAACGGCGGUCGAUAUCGCGGAUUGGUCUGGUGUUAUUAGGAGGUUGGAUGGUGCGAUUCGGUCGUCGAAGGUGUCUGGGUCGAAAAGACAUCCUGCGCCGUUGUUACCGGAUGGUAAACGGGAUAAGUUCAGUGUUACGUUCCAGAAAGCGGAUGUGCUUUCUCUUCCUGAAGGAGAGCUGAAAUCACUCUACGGCCAGGGAACGGUCAUGGUAACGCUCAUGUUCACUCUGAAUGAACUCUUUUCCACGUCCAUGGCAAAGGCGACUGCCUUCUUGCUACGCACGACCGACGUCGUUGAGCCGGGGACACUGCUUCUUGUUGUGGACAGCCCCGGGAGUUAUUCCAGUUUGUCGCUGGGCAAGUCGGAAGAAAAGGUGGAACGGAAGUAUCCGAUGAAGUUCCUGCUGGACCAUACACUGUUAUCUGUUGCAGAGGGCAAAUGGGAAAAGGUGCUGUCGCAGGACUCAAGAUGGUGGCGGAGAGAUGCAGCACGGUUACGGUACGAAGUUGGCGAAGGGGCUGGGCUGGAGGAUAUGAGAUUUCAGGUCCAUCUUUAUAAAAGAUUGUAGACGUAUUAAGAUAUGGAGAUGCAUGCUAUUGCUACAGGUA